AUGAAGCUCAGACCACCUACCACAUUGGGCGGUCAGUUAUUGUGGGACGCGGCAGUUUGGUGUUUUGGGAGCCUCAGGGUAACGCGCGACGCGUCGACAGCUCGCACUUGCCUCAACUUUGGGAUCAUUGUACAGCAGGAGCUUGGUGUAUUUGUUUCAUAUAUUUUUAGACCAAUGUAUCGACAACGCCCGGCCGGUGGCGACAAUAGCGUCAAGACCCCGUUACAACCGAAAUCCGUGAACUCCCAGAACUCGAUCGACCGACUUGUAAGACCAUUCAAAUGUCCCGGGACCGCAACACCCACUCGAGCGUCCGAAAAACCAUCAAGAAAGAGAAGAAAGGUCAACUACGCCAACGCCGACGGAAGCGUGGAAGAUGGAGAGGAGAAGCCAUACACGAAUGAUGACAGGCUCGCUUUGGAAACAAGAGAGGCCAACAAAUUUCCCGCGUACAAACCAAAGGACAAAGAUGUGGCGUUCAGAUCACGAUUUCAGGUUCCGUUCAUCAAUAAAGCCACCGGCGAGUACAGUUCCGGCCGGGUGGCUCCGACAUUGGGGAUGCGACGAGGUGCGACAUUUGUGGUCAAGCCACUACAUGACCCUAGUGGGGAAUUUGCUAUUGUUCUAUACGACCCUACAGUAGACGACGUUGCCGAGGAACCUGCGCCCCCAAACCCAGAGGCACCCGCGGAGGAUACACCAAAGUUGGAUGAGCCAAUUAUGCAUAAGAGUCUAGCAGACAUUCUGGGGCUCAAGAAGAAUGUGGAAGACAGGCCAAAGGUGCCUGUUGUGAUUGAUCCGAGAUUGUGCAAAGUGCUUCGACCACAUCAGGUCGAGGGUGUGAAGUUCCUUUAUCGAUGUGUUACUGGGCUAGUUGACAAGAAUGCAAAUGGGUGCAUCAUGGCAGACGGCAUGGGACUUGGUAAAACACUUCAAUGCAUCGCAUUGAUGUGGACGCUACUCAAGCAGUCCUCAGAAGCCGGAAAAACUACCAUUCAGAAAUGUGUGAUUGCAUGUCCGUCGAGUUUGGUUGGCAAUUGGGCCAACGAACUGGGUGAGUUAUGCAUGGUACCUUACUUGUUAGCUCGACUGACCAUAUCAGUAAAAUGGCUUGGAAAGGACGCCACCACACCUUUUGCGAUCGAUGGAAAGGCCACGAAAGCAGAACACUCCGUAUGUAUGCGGAUACUUUGA